AUGCAGCGCGAGAUCCUGGCGGUGCUCUGGCUGCCCGGGCGACCCCGGCUCCGCUCUCUGCCCCCCGCCGCCAGGCUGCCUGCAUCCGCGCCUCCCUUCAUGCUGAACCUCUACCACGUCAUGGCCGGCGGCGGCGACGACGACGAGGACGCCUUGUCCCCGAGGCGGCGCCUGGGCCUUGCCGACCUGAUCAUGAGCUUCCUCAACAUGGUGGAGUGUGACCAGGCCCUGGGCCACCAUGAUCCCCACUGAAAGGAAUUCCACUUUGAUCUGAUGCAGAUUCUGGCCGGGGAGGCAGUCACAGCUGCCGAGUUCCAGAUUUAUAAGGUGCCCAGCACCCACCGGUUCAACACAACUCUCCACAUCAGCGUGUUCGAGGUGGUCCAGGAGCAUUCCAACAGGGAGUCUGACUUAUUCUUUUUGGAUCUUCAGACCCUCAGAGCAGGCGACGAGGGCUGGCUGGUGCUGGAUGUCACAGCAGCCAGUGACUGCUGGUUGUUGAGCCGUAACAAGGAUCUGGGACUCCGUAUCCAUGUGGAAACCUUGGAUGGACACAGCAUUGCCCCUGGCCUGGCUGGUCUGCUGGGGAGACGGGCACCAUGCUCCAGACAGCUUAUCAGGUCACCUUCUUCAGGGCCAGCGGAAGCAUUCUCUGUGGCCCCUUUCACAGUGUGACCCCUGAAGAGGAGACAGCUGAAGCAAACCAAUGAGCUGCCGCACCCCAACAAACUCUCAGGGAUCUUUGAUGACAUCCACAGCUCCCACCACUGACAGGUUUACCACCAGCACAAGCUCUGUGUGAGCUUCCGGGACCUGGACUGGCUGGACUUGGUCAUCGCCCCCCAAGGCUACUUAGCCUACUACUGAGAAUGCGCCUUCCUGCUGGUCUCCUGCAUGAAUGCCACCAACCACGCCAUCCUGCAGUCCCUGGUGCACCUGAUGAAGCGAGUCCCCAAGGUGUGCAGUGUACCCAAGCUGAGUGUCACCUCUGUGCUCUACUACAGCAGCAGCAACGUCAUCCUGCAGAAGUACUGCAACAUAGUAGUCAGGGCCUGCGGCUGCCACUAA